AUGUCCAGCCACACCUCCAGCACCGGCAAUUCCUCCCGCAAAUCCACCACCACCUCCUCUGCCACCAAGAAACCCACCUCCACCUCCGCCCCCAUCCCCAAAAUCGAGCUACCAAGCCCCAAGAAAGCAGCAAAAGAACUCGGGAUUCCCACAGCCACUCCAAACAUUUCUAAAUCUAAAGCCCACCUUCCUAGGCGAACAACCAACGAAUCACUCCUCCUAGAACCCAGAACCCGGAAAUCAGCACCGGUAAAGAUUCCUGCGAUUCUAGAACCGAAGGGAUCGGGUCCCGUCAUCGAUGUGAAGAAUUCGGGUAUACGUGCGUCUAAUGAUGGAAGACCUCCUAAAGCUAAGUAG